UUAUUAAUAAAUAAUAAUGUUAAUAAUGAAGAAAUUAAAAAUAUUGAACAAGAUCAAGAUGAAACACAUAUGAAACAUAAUAUUAAAGAUGGUAAUGAUGAUGAUGAUGAAAAGAAUAUUUUAUUAUUAUCAAAAAGACAAAGAAAACGUUUAGCAAAGAAAUUAAAAUGGGAAUCUAGAAAACAUGAGAAACGUUUAAAAGAACGUGCACGUAAAAAACAAAGAAUUGAUGAAGCAAAGAGUUGUAAUAUUAAAUUAGGACCAUCACGUAAAGAAUUAAAACAUAGUAAAAUGAUUUUAAGUAAAUGUAAAACAAGUAUUGUUAUUGAUUUAAGUUUUGAUGAAUUAAUGUCAAAUAAAGAUUUAAAUAAAGUUAUAAAACAAACAUUACGUGUAUAUUCAUUAAAUAGACGUUCAUCAACACCUGUACAAUUAUAUUUAACUAGUUUUAAUGGUUUAAUUGAAAAUGAAAUACAAAAACAUGAUGGUUAUCAGAAUUGGGAUAUUAAUUUUAAAACAGAAUCAUAUUUAUCAAUAUUUAAUUCAAAUAAAGAUAAAUUAAUAUAUUUAACAUCAGAUAGUGAUCAUAUCAUUAAUGAAUUAUAUGAUGAUCAUAUUUAUAUAAUUGGUGGUUUAGUUGAUCAUAAUCAACAUAAAGGUCUUUGUUAUAAAUUAGCUUGUGAUAAUAAUAUAAAACAUGGUCAAUUACCAAUCAAUCAAUAUAUACAAAUGAGAACAAGGAAAGUAUUAACUAUUGAUCAAGUGUUUGAAAUAUUAUUACGUGUGAUAGAAGGCUCUAGUUGGAAAGAAUCGUUUUUAAAAGUAAUACCAGAACGUAAAGGUGCUAUAGAAGUAGAUGCAGCUGAUACAGCAGAUGAAGAUGCAGAUGCAGGUCUAGAUGAUGUAAAUGUAAAUGUAAAGACAUAAUAAAUAUAUAUUAUUUGUUUAUUAGUUGCUACACAACCGCCAUUCUGGUUAA